UAAGUGAAGGGUCGGAGAGGAGAAGCUUCUGGUUAGCAGGAUCCAGCCUCCAGCCUGAGGGAAGAAGGUGAAGGGGGAGGGCAGGGGAACUGAGAGCAGCUGGGGAUUGAGCAGAGAGCAACACCUCAAGCUGCAGGGAGUGAGGAGAGAGGCACAGGCAGAGACAGAGACAGAGAGAGAGAGCAGCCCGGCACAGGCCGGCUCUGUGUCCCAGGCUCGGAGCUCAGGAAGCCCCCACCACCCCCGGGAGCGAGCAGACAGCGCGGCCGGGACAAAGCAACACCAUGAUCGGUACCAGAUCCAGGGGCUCGCAGCUGCCGGAGUCGGAUGCCAACAAACUCGCUCUGAAAGCCUUCAGGAAAGUCGCACUUCGUGAGGAUGAAGAUGUGAAAUUUAUGAUGGUAGGCAGCAACUUACAAAAAAUCAAAUCGAGAUUCUGGAAGAAAAAUCGACGGAUGAAACUGCAGGAGGACGGCUUGUCUGUCUGGUGUGAGUCCAAAUCCGGGAAAAAGCCAUCCAUUUUCUCGGUGAUGGAUAUCUGGGACAUCCAAGAGGGCCAUCGCUCAGAGGUGAUGAAGAAACAUGGCAGCAGCUUCUCAGAGAAACGGUGCUUCACCAUCACGUUCACUGGCAAUCGUACUGACCUGGACCUGGUGGCUGACUCGGAGGAAGAAGGAAGGAGAUGGGUUCAAGGCUUUAAGAAGCUGAGAAAAAAAGCAGAAACCAUGAGCCAACGAGAGAAAAUUCACCACUGGAUCCAUGAAUACCUCCGGAAGGCUGACAAAAACAAGGACAACAAAAUGAGUUUCAAAGAGAUUAAGAACCUGCUGAAGAUGAUCAACAUUGAGGCUGAUGAUGAAUAUGCUUACCAGCUCUUCAAGCAAUGUGACAAGUCCAAUACUAACAAAUUGGAAGAGCAUGAGAUCGAGGAGUUUUGCAAGUUUCUGAUGCAGCGACCAGAAUUGGAAGAGAUCUUUAACUACUACUCAGGAGAGGACCAGAUCUUGACCAUCACUGAGAUCAAGAACUUCUUAAAAGAACAGAAAGAAAUUGCCACAGACGAAAAUGCAAACGCAAUUAUACACAAAUAUGAGCUGAACGAAACAGCUAAACAGAACCAGCUCUUGACCCAGGAUGGCUUCAUGAUGUACCUGCUUUCUCCUGAUGGGGACGUGUUUAACUCGGACCAUGACAAAGUUUACCAGGACAUGACCCAACCACUCAGUCACUACUUCAUCUCCUCUUCCCAUAACACCUAUUUGAUGGAGGACCAGCUGGGAGGACCAAGCAGUACUGAGGCGUACAUUAGAGCGCUCCUGAGAGGCUGCCGCUGUGUGGAGCUGGAUUGCUGGGAAGGACCAAAUGGGGAACCAAUCAUCUACCACGGAUACACACUCACCUCAAAGAUCCUCUUCAAAGAUGUCAUCCGAACCAUCCGGGAUUAUGCCUUCACGGUCUCUUUGUAUCCCGUCAUACUGUCCCUGGAGAAUCACUGUGGAGUGGAACAGCAAACCGUCAUGGCCCGGCAUUUAAAGGAAAUUCUCGGGGAAAUGCUGAUCACUGCCCCACUCGAUGGCAAGGUCCUGAGUGAACUUCCGUCACCCGAGAAACUCAAAGGCAAAAUACUGAUAAAAGGGAAAAGGUUUGAUAUCUCUGGUCCCGCGGUGGAUCAGGAGGAAACAGCAGAGGAUGAAGAGGAUGAGAGUAUGAACAAUGGAGAAAAAACCAAAAAGGAGCUGGUGACGGAGCUGUCGAAGGAGCUGUCUGAGCUUGUGGUUUAUUGUAAGGCUGUACGUUUCCACAGCUUCCAGUAUGCAAGGGAGAAGGCAUGUCCCUGUGAACUCUCAUCCUUCUCUGAGAAUAAGGCAAAGAAGCUGAUCUGUGAGUUAGGAGCCUCCUUUGUUUGUUACAACACACUGCAGCUGUCCAGGAUCUAUCCCACGGGCUCUCGUUUUGACUCAUCCAACUACAACCCUCAGGAGAUGUGGAAUGCAGGAUGUCAGCUGGUGGCCCUGAAUUUCCAGAAACCCGGGACAGAGAUGGACCUAAACAAAGGGAAGUUUCGACAGAAUGGUCGGUCUGGAUACAUCCUGAAGCCCAGUUUCAUGAGGAAUAGUUCCAAUCCGUUUGAUCCUGCCAGGGCGAAACCAGGGGCAGGUCUCAAAGAGACACAGCUAAUUAUUGAUAUUAUUACAGCCCAGCAGCUCCCCAAAGUCAAUAAGGAUAAAAAGAAUUCCAUCGUGGAUCCCCUGGUGCGUGUGGAGGUACACGGAGUUCCUGAAGACAACAGCACCCAAAAGACCCGCCAUAUUGAAAAUAACGGAUUUAAUCCAGUCUGGAAUGAAGUGCUCCGGUUCACCAUCAACGUUCCCGAGCUCGCGCUCAUCCGAUUCAUUGUUGAAGAUUAUGACUCAACCACCAGCAAUGAUUUCAUUGGACAGUUCACGCUCCCAUUCACCAGUAUGAGAGAAGGUUAUCGCCACAUCCACCUGUUGUCCAAAGACUCUGCCUCUCUGUCACCAGCCACUCUCUUUGUCCGGAUCAGGAUUAAGAGUUUAUAGUGUGGAGCGAGCAACCCUCUCACAGUCCGCCUGUGUGGCAUGAACUCUUACUGUGACCCACUCUGCCCCUCCUUGCCCAGUGCCAACCACAGCGAGUCCAGGGGGUAACAGUACAUGAAUGAAGAGACUCCUUAUCCCACACAACUGCAUUUUAAACAGCACGAUAUAGAUAUAACUCACUGAAACUGCUCAGAAACCAGCUUUACUCUCGAUCAUUUCUAACCUGGCAAAGGGCUGACCUCAAACUAUUAAUCAAAUCAUAGAUCAUGUGCAAUCGAGACCCUGCCAGAACAUUGGCGGAAUCCUAACCUCUUUCAAAACACAAGCUCAAAAGGCUUUUAAUGUGGACUCAUGAAUUAGUACCAGCACGUAUCUGAGACAGUUCCUCCACAGUCUAAAACCAGGAACACUGAGUAUGCAGAGCAGACAAUUCUAAUCUUGCAGCUUAAUUAAAUUCUAACCUCAUGUACUUGCAUCAUGCAACCAUUUGUGUUUUAUCAGUGUGUGUAAAUAUAUAUAUAAAGGCAGUUGUUUACUUUA